UCACCCACAGAGAGGAACUGCGGUCCAUAAAGAGGUUCUCCUCCUUAACAACGACUUCUCCUCCCUACGCUGACUCUACUUUUUCUGCUGUACUGCAGCUCCUCUCAAAUGAUCCAUCUGUCAACCACCUGCAGCUGAUCUUAUACACACACUGCAGCCACAACAUGAGCUUAAGGAAAUUUAGUUUCAAGUGGUUCGGUAGCCUCACCAACCUCUCUUUUCGCCGCUCCAGUGAGAAAUCAGACUCCAAGUCCUCUCCGCCGAAAUCUGAAGCCGGUUGUGCACCUGGAGAUGGCACCUACCUGGCUCCAAUUGUUGAGACAACGAUGGAUGACAUUGAUGGCAUGCGUCCUCGCACCGCCAGCUACGUCCGCUCCAGUGAGAGCUACACACACAUGGGUACGCUGCCACGGCUACUGAUGAAGAGGAGGGACAAGAGUAAUAAAGGAGACCCCAGCAGCAAUAAGAAGAGUAAAAACAAGAGCAGCAUCCACAGGAGUCAAAGCCAGCGACCUGCAGGGGACAAAUACAGUGAGCCCCUGAGGCUCACAGCCACCUCAUCCAAAGUGACUGGGGAUGAAGCUGGAGCUAAAGCUAACACUGGGCUCAGCAAACACUCUCUCACUGAUCCAAAGAUCCAACCUACAGGAGAAACUAAUGCCACAAACACCAAAAACACCAUAGCUGGCCCCGCUGUUGCCAUAUCGCCAUCUGGUGGCUCAAGAGCUGAACUCCAACCGAAGACUUGUGACAAGCAGGCCAUCACCCAGGCCGGUGCAGAUAUAAACCCUGAGGUGACUUCAUCACCUCCACUCAGCCGGGGUUCUCAUGAGGAUGAUGGAUUACAGUCCGAGCCUGUAUCUGAACCAAAGGAGGAGGCAGAGAGCAGAGAGCUGACCGAAGGAGCAGACAAAGGAAACCAAAACUCUGAAAGCAUUUACAGCAACAUGGAGCCAGCAGAGAGCCAGGGGGAAUAUGUGCAGUUCUCCAAGGAGAAGUACCUGCUGGAGUCUCCUCCUGAGAAGCUUCGUAAGGAGCUGGAAGAGGAGCUGAAACUGAGCGCUGCUGACAUCAGGAGCCAUGGCUGGUACCAUGGACACAUACCCAGAGAGGUGUCAGCGACUCUGAUCGUCCGUAAUGGAGAUUUCCUUGUGCGUGACUCUCUGACCAGUGUGGGUGACUACGUACUGACCUGUCGGUGGGAUAAUGAGGUGAUGCACUUCAAGAUCAGCAAAGUCCUGGUCAAAUCCAGUGAAACCAAGGUGCAGUAUAUGUUGGAGUCUGACAGCUUCGAUUCGGUCCAGGAGCUUGUGCGGUUUUACGUGGGCCAGCGCAAACCGGUCUCCGAGUCCAGCGGAGUUCACAUCUACUGUCCGGUCACCAGGACUCUCCCUCUGCGCUACCUGGAGGCCACCUUUGCUCUGGCCACCAGCAAGCAAGGCUCCGCCUAUUCCCCGUCCAGUCAGAGGGGAGCGUACAUCAAGAGACGGAGCGUCACCAUGACAGAUGGGCUGACGAUGGAGAAGAUGAUACCUCACAGUGACUCAGACAGUCCCAGUCCAGUUAAGACACCAGUGGCAACACCAGAACCAGAGCCGGAACUUGUGCCCAAUUGCAGCCCGUCGACAAUCCACCAUCAUAAAGACGCAAUGCGGAACUGUGCGAUGAGCAUGGACCAGAUUCAGGAGUAUCGCUGCCCCUUGUCACCUGUUGGGGAGACCCCACUGUCUCCUGCAUAUAGUGCUAUCACCAGGCAGAGAGCCCACUCAGGCGGGCGCGUCCUGGCUAUCGUCCCGCCCUCCCCCGUGAUUCGUCGUUCCAGUGACCCUCAGCUCAGCCCCUCAGCCAGUAACAAUCCUCCAGAGCAUCCUGCGCAUACCUCUCACUCUGCACACUCCACGCCCGCCCAUCAUCCCAGCUUCCAAUCGCAUUCCUCAGAUACAGCAGGGAGCUACUGUGACCUCAGACCUUGCCCCGCUGGGCCCCCUAAACCCCCGACUAAAGGCUACGUGGAGCGAUUGCGAGUGGAAGAAGGGAGGCAGGAAGGAGCGAGGGAGGAAGCAGAGGGGAUGUUCAGCGCCCCACAGGUGGAGACGGCGUCCUCGUUCAGGCCAUCCAGGUAUGAGUCUUGCCUUAUACCAGCUGAGAAUAAGCCUCUGGAAAUGUCGGUACUGAAGAGAGUCAAAGAGCUGCUGGCUGAGGUGGAUGCAAGGACCGCGGCUAAACACAUCACCAUGGCAGACUGCAUGGUGGCGAGAAUAUUAGGCGUAACAUCAGACAUGCAAAGGAUGAUGGGAGUGUCUUCAGGGUUGGAGUUACUGACACUACCACAUGGACACCAGCUAAGACUUGACCUACUGGAGAGGUUCUACACCAUGUCUAUCAUGAUGGCAGUGGACUUGCUCGGCUGUACAGGAAGCACAGAGGAGCGAGCGGCCCUACUCCACAAAACCAUCCAAUUAGCAGCUGAGUUGAAAAGCAACCUGGGAAACAUGUUUGGCUUUGCUGCUGUGAUGAGAGCCCUGGAGCUGCCACAGAUUUCCCGCCUGGAGCAGACGUGGGUGACGUUACGCCAGAGACACACAGAGGGCGCUAUUCUAUACGAGAAGAAACUCAAACCUUUCAUGAAGAAUAUGAACGAUGGCAAAGAGUCGAACGCCCUGUCCAACACUUCCCUCCCCCACAUCAUUCCCGUCCUGUCCUUAUUGGAGCGGGGCAUGGCUGUAGGGGAGGCGCUGGAGCCCUGGGAGAGUGCAGAGGUGGGAGUAGACGUGGUCAUGUACCACCUAGAAGCGGCUCGUACCAUCGCACAUAACGGGGGAAUCUAUAGAACCAACACUGAGACCAAACUGCAGGGAUUCCAGGAGCGAGCAGAAAUACACGAGAUCUUCCAGACAGAGUUUCAGAUGCGUCUCCUGUGGGGCAGCCGCGGCUCUGAGGGCAGCCAAUCGGAGCGUUACGAGAAGUUCGACAAGGUCCUCACCGCUCUGUCACACAAGCUAGAGGCUCCUGUGCGCCACAGCGAGCUAUAGCACCUGCCCCGACACCGCCAAAACAUCCCCAUCUGCACUCACCACUCAUUGUGGUAUGGUCUUGUUUUGCAUUGCAAAGGAUGAUGUGGAAGAGUCCAGCAUGAACACAGGGAGGGGGGUGAGAGUGAAUGAAGAGGCAGCUAACAGAGCAUGUGCAGGGAGUAAUUCGGAAAAGAGGGUGUCACUUAUAACACGUGUUGCACUCACUGUGGACUUCCUCACCUGGCGCUAAAAUAUUUAAAUAGUGCCUGAGAGGAGAUGAGCUAAGUGGAAAAGAAGAUGGGGGAGAUGACCAGCUCCUCUGCGUGGUACAAACGGUAACAUGUGUACGGUGCGUCCCGAGGGCCAAACUGAGCUGCAGAGUUUGGCUUUGCUCCAAUUAAACAGACUUUCUCUUGUUUCAACCGACUGCUGUCACACACUGUAGCAGAAAUGCUAACAAUAACUUGCAUAGGUCAUAUAUAGAUGUUUCGAGUGUGUGUGUGAAUGUAUGUUUACAUUCCUUAAUUUUUUUGUACUUCAUUAAUGUUUCAUAUUUUUCUUUUUUUUUUAAUGUUGUCUUUAUUUGUUCUGAUCAAAGGAUAUCUAAACAUCAUGGAUGUUGCUUCACCAAACUCAUGUGAAUCUGCCAGUGCUCAUUCUGAGGGAGCCAUGUUCAUAAAAGCUCAUUAAAUAUGUAUCAAGCAGUCCCAUUGAAACCUAUUAAAGAUUUAUCAGGCAUGCAUUAAAAAAUGUAUCAGAAAUGAAACAUUUGCAGAAGUAAUGCAGCAAUACGAGGGCUUUGCUAUGUUAGGAGGACAAAGGAACUUCCUUCUGUUGUAGCCGUUUGACUAUUACAUUUGAUAUUGUGUCUUAUUGAACAUAAUUUAGCUUAAAACGGCACGAAGAGACAGAGGAAAAAAUGUGAGGGUGUACUCUUUAAAUUUAGUUUAAGCAAUGUUUCACUUAGUAUAUAAACAUUUAUGAACAUAUGGUUUGUAAAGUUGCAGAAAUAUCUGAAAUGGUUGAUGCAUGCAGCUAUAAAUGUUAUAUCAAGCAAAAAUGUUGCUUUAAACUACUAAUUUAAAUACGUGUCAAACUUGAUAAAUAUGCAGAUGAUACAGUGGAGAUCUUUCAUGUAUGUGGAUAAUCUUGAAUGACACCAAACAGACAGAAAUGUUAUUUUUCAUCUUUUCAUUUUUUCCAGUUUAAUAACCAAUGAAUGAUAAAAAGAAAUUCCCAAACUGAGUCAAAUAAUGACCACAGCCAUGCUACAGAGAAUGUCUUUCGCUUGUAUGUUUUGUGUUUCAGCAAUAGAGCUAAUCAUUUUAUUGCUAAGGGUUUACAUUUCUGGUUGACUGUUCAGUGUUAAAUCAUUGCUGUAUUAACAGCAUGUUGGCCUGAGAGGGCUGGAGCCGACUCUCAGAGCUAUGCAAUCAUUUCAACCAAGGGCUCACACCCCCGAGGAGCAGAAACUUCACAAUAUUCACAUUUUGCCCGUGACAUCGCCUUCUUUUUUUAAAUGUAUAUCCUCUGUUCUUCCUAGCCCUAUCCAAACUGAUAAUCUAUAUAUGAACUAAAGUCAUAUAAAAUAUCAAACAAAUCAUUCUAAAAAAAAAAUAUCCUUCUGUCCGAGAGUUGCAUAUCAGAGAUUCUUAAAUGGGUGUUUUAUUUUCCCGCUUUCUCUUCUGAACCUGUACAGAUGAGGUGAGGAGCCAUGUGCCAGUUCCCACUGUGGUCCAACAGGGGGCGAUCUUUAGUCAGCAAAAAACACUGAAUCAUGAAUUGUAAUACAAUGUAACAGGAAGACAUAUACACAAAAAAAUUUAUUGUGUGUGUUUUGAGACCAAUGUUUGAUAUCAAUGUUAUUCGAUAUCAAACCUACUGGUUUAGGUUUGAUAUCUGAUAACACUGAUGAUGAAGAAGUGAUGAUGUAAUAUGUUUUUAUUUGUCCUCUGCUGAAUGCUGUACAGGAAUGCUCUCUGACAGUGUGUGGAUUCUCCUGUUUUUUAUAACAGGACUGCGUGAGAUGAACGUGAAAAGCAAAAAGACAAGAAAUGUUUCAGGACUGAUCUCAUGUUUUUUUUACGUACUGUACAUAGCAAUUCACUUUUUUUCAAAUAAAAUGAUUGCUUGUGUCGAA